CUGUGAUUAGUGUCAGUGUGAUGUGAUUGUAGUUUUACAAGUGUUUUGUUUAUUAACCUUUAAUCUAUUUAAUUUUAAAUAAUGCAGUAAUUAGAUGUUUUCUUAAAUCUUUUUGUGUUCCUUUUGUUGUGCUCAUUAUAAUUUACUAAUCAGAGUUGGAUAUUCACAUUACAAGUAGUUAGUAAAUAUAUUUUCAGGCUGAUCUGUAAGUACACAUAACUUUCUAAAAUGACAAUGCUAAGGCAACAAGUGGACAUUUUAAGAGAUAAGUCUCCACGAGCCAUAUAUAAACUUAUAAAGCAAAAUUUGAUAACAAAGGAAUAUGCAGAUUAUCAGUUUUUACAAAACAGUCAGAUCCCAACUAUGCACUUCCAGCAAUCUCUUCCUCGUUUACCAAUUCCAACAUUAGAAUUAAGCUGUAAACGAUACUUGGCUGCACAAAGACCUCUAUUGAUUGAUGAGGCUUAUAGGAAAACAGAAAGUAAUGUAGAGCAGUUUAGAACAAGUACUGGAAAACAGUUGCAAAACUUGUUAAAAAAUUAUGAUCGAAUGAAUAAACACACAAGUUAUAUAUCAGAGUUUUGGUCUGAUAGUUAUUUAAGAGAUCGUAAACCUAUACCAAUAAACUACAAUCCAAUGUUGUCUGUGCAUAAAGAUCACAGACCAGCUUAUAAUGACCAGUUGGUUAGAACUACUAACUUGAUUAUUAGUUCUCUGAAAUUCUACAAGUCACUAAGUGCAGGUAUUCUAGAACCAGAAGUUUUCCAUCUAAAUCCCAAGAAAAGUGAUACACAACAAUUUAGAAAUGUCUGUAGCUUGUUGCCUCCUUCAGUAUCAUGGUAUGGAGCAUAUUUCUUCAAGGCCUAUCCUCUCGAUAUGAAUCAAUACCCAAAUCUAUUUAAUACUACAAGAAUACCAGAAAUUGACAAAGAUAGACUUGUGUACAAUCCUGCUGGCAAGCACAUAACUGUACAACACAAAGGCCAUUUUUAUGCAUUUAGGGUGCUCAAUGAUAACAAUGAAAUUAUUUCUGCAAAUGAAAUUCUAGCAAGCUUGAAAUACAUUCUGGAUGAUCCUGUUCCCAAAUGUGAUUUUCCUGUUGGUAUCCUUACUACAUUGGAAAGAGAUAAAUGGGCAUCUUUAAGACACAACAUAGAAACAAACGGGAAUACCAAUGCUUUUAAAUUUAUUGAUUCUGCUCUGUUCAAUGUUUGUCUUGAUACCGAAAAUCUAGGGGAUGAUCCUUAUGGAAUCGUAAGAAAUUUCUUACAUGGGGAUGGAGAAAACAGAUGGUUUGAUAAAUCUAUUUCUCUCCAAGUUAGCAAAGAUGGGCAUGCUGCAGUAAAUUUUGAACAUUCUUGGGGCGAUGGAGUUGCUGUACUGAGAUAUGUGCAAGAUAUAUAUAAAGACUCUAUACAAAAUCCAUGUGUCACACCAGAGACAGUUCAAAACAGCUCAAGCAAUAUUGAUAAAAUAAUAAGACUGGAUUUGCAAUUAAACAAGGAAAUGGAAGUCAGUAUUACCCAGGCAAAGCAAGAAUAUAAAAAUACUUGUAAAAGUCUGGAUAUAGAUUAUUUAAUCUUCAAUCGGAUUGGUAAGAAUGUUUGUAAGAAACAAGGUGUUAGUCCUGAUGCUAUUAUGCAGUUGGGAUUUCAACUUGGGUAUUACAAAAUGACAGGAAAAUUUGUGCCAACCUACGAAUCUUGCAGCACUGCAGCCUUUAAACAUGGCAGAACUGAGACUGUAAGAUCUUGUACUAAUGCCACCAAAGAAUUUGCUUUGGCAAUCACCUCAAAGAACAAACCUUCAGUUUCUGAGCUUAAACGCAUCAUAUCGAAAUGUUCUAACAUGCACAAUCAACUAACAAGAGAAGCAGCCAUGGGACAAGGGUUUGAUAGGCACUUGUUUGCUUUAAAGAAGUUCGCAGAAAAGACCAACACUAUGUGUAAUAUAUUUGAAGAUCCUGAUUUUGCUCAUUUAAAUCAUAUUAUUCUUUCCACAAGCACUUUGAACUCUCCGGCAAUAUUUGCAGGGGGCUUUGGACCAGUAGUUAAAGAUGGUUUGGGUGUAGGGUACAUAAUCAAAGAUGAUGAACUUGGGGUGCUAGUAACAAGUUACCCUCCAUACCAUCGCAGCUCGGACUUUAUUGAGUCACUAAAGGGAACGUUUGAUGAACUGGUUUACCUACUCCAAAAAGACUAAAGCUAAUGUAUUUAUAACAGUAUUGAAGGUAGCGGAAUGGUGAUAAGCAAUAUGGUAGAAAUUCCGCAUGGAUAUUUUUUAUAUUAUAUAUUUACAAGUUUUUACCACUUUUACUUUUAUAUAUUAUAUUAAUAAUUGAAGUUGAUUGGGAAAAUAGUUGCUGUUGAAUAAAAUAAUGAAUAUUUUAAAGAUAAAGUCACUAUUUACAGUAUUGUUUCAUGCUUAACAUCUAUUUUAAUGUAGUUUUUAUGUUCCAAGUAUAUUUUGAAAGUAUUUAUCACUGAUCAACAGGAUGUACUGACUGAAGUAAGUAUUUUACAUAUCAUUUUCCAUUUUUUUUUUUAAUUCAAUGCUGAUAUGUCUGCUCCAGUGAUUUCUCCUCUGUAGGUAUCCACCCACAGAAUUUAUUCAAACUUUUAUUGUAAUUCUGCUCCUUAGGUCUUCGUUUAUCUUCAUAAUAAUCAUUUAACUCAUAAUUGUCAUAAUUUUUCAUUUUUUUAAUGGAUUUAGUUCCUAGUGAUAUAUUUUCUAUGUUUGAUGUUGCUAUUUAGUGUACAGGGUGACACGAAAUUAUACCUAUAGUAUUUUUGCAUUUAUAAUUCGAAUACAAAAUAAAACUCAUUAACUAUUUAUCCCAGUCAGCUCUGACCACUAUCCAAUUGUAAGUGCCUUUUUAAAACAAAAGUUACGUACUAUAUAGUUUUAAGAAGACUGUUCUAACUAUGAGUGUUAUAUUUAAAAUGUUUUAAAAAACUUUAGGGAGUGUUAUUUUUCGUUUAAUAUAAAAUUAUAUUACAA